AGUGUGAGUUUUGCUUCCCAAUAUAUAAAGGAGGAUUGAACUAGCUUUGUCUCCAAUAUACCUGCUGGCUCUAACAGUCUGAUCCCAAGAUUCUAUUAUGUAAUAAUGGAAGCCUACCAGCAUUAGACUGUUACAGAUGGACCAGAGUGGAAAUUUCAAGGUAUUAAAUCUUGGAGAAAUGGCUUUCAUUCAUCUGGAUAUCAGAUGCCUGUAUACCCUUCUUAUUUGCACAGCAUUUGGCUCUACUUUGUCUUCAAACGCUGAGAUAAAAGUUAAUCCACCUCAGAAUUUUGAGAUAGUGGAUCCUGGAUAUUUAGGUUAUCUCUAUUUGCAAUGGCAACCUCCAGUGUCUCUGGAUGAUUUUAAGGAAUGCACAGUAGAAUAUGAAUUAAAAUACCGAAACAUGGAUAAUGAAAACUGGAAGACCAUCAUUACUAAGAAUCUACAUUACAAAGACGGGUUUGAUCUUAACAAAGGCGUUGAAGCAAAGGUACACACACUUCUGCCAGGGCAAUGCACAAACGGAUCAGAAGUUCAAAGUUCAUGGGCAGAAGCUACUUAUUGGACAUCACCGCAAGGAAAUGUGGAAACUAAAAUUCAGGAUAUGGAUUGUAUAUAUUACAACUGGCAAGAUUUACUCUGCUCUUGGAAAUCUGGCUUGGGUGUCCAUUUUGAUGCCAAUUAUAACUUGUUUUACUGGUAUGAGGGCUUGGACCGUGCAUUACAGUGUGCCGAUUACAUCAAGGUUAACGGAAAAAAUGUUGGAUGCAGGUUUCCGUAUUUGGAGUCAUCAGACUAUAAAGAUUUCUACAUCUGUGUUAAUGGAUCAUCAGAAUCCCAGCCUAUCAGACCCAGCUAUUUCAUUUUUCAGCUUCAAAAUAUAGUUAAACCUUUGCCACCAGACUACCUUAGUCUCACCAUGAAGAAUUCAGAGGAAAUUAACCUGAAAUGGAGCAUGCCUAGAGGACCCAUUCCAGCACGGUGUUUCAUUUAUGAAAUUGAGUUCACAGAGGAUGAUACUACCUGGGUGACUACCACAGUCGAAAAUGAAAUAUACAUCACAAAAAUAUCAAAUGAAAGCCACCGAUUAUGCUUUUUAGUAAGAAGCAAAGUGAAUAUUUAUUGCUCAGAUGACGGAAUUUGGAGUGAGUGGAGUGAUGAACAAUGCUGGAAUGGUGACAUAUGGAAGAAAGCCUUGUUAUUUUUCUUGAUACCAUUUAUUCUUGUCUUAUUAUUUGUUUCGUUAAUAACUUGUCUGGUUUUGUACAAGCAAAAAGAUUUACUGAAAACGGCUUUUCACACAAAAAAAGAAGCCUUUUCUCCUCAAGAGACACACUGUUGACUCAGUAAUUUCCAGCCUUAUGGCCAAAUAUGAAAUAUGAGUCUUAUUAAACUGAAUUUUUGCUCCAAAUGUUGAAUAAAUCUUAUUCUAAAAACAUUACUUUAAAUAGGUUUAAGAGUACUCAAACCCUCAACUAGUAGUAAAUA